UCCAAAAGCUUCUACAGAAAUUGCAGCUAAAGUACAUGCAGAGAUAGCAGAUUUUGAGAGAGAUGGGGAAUGGGAUGCUGCUGUGGAAAUGGUGGUUAAGGCAGGAGAUCCAAAAGCUAGGUCAUUGCCAGUUAACAACUGAUAUCGAUUUCGUCGCAGCCUUGAGAUAAUCAAGGUCAGUGAUAAUGGUUUAAAGGUCUUUGUAUCCUCGCAGCCAUUCGCAAUCCCACCCCUUUGAGUACAGAGAUGCAUGGUGAUGUUUGCAUAUAGGCCAUGUCAUGUAUGUUGCUUUGGAAAAAAUUCAUUUAACAAUAAACUCGUUAUUUUAUUUUUUAUUUUUUGUUCUCCGAAACAUCCUAAUUUUGUCUUUGUAGUUCCGUGAGUUAAAUAUUGUGAUGAGAUUUUCUUCUGUUUGACUCACAUAUGAAGGGUGAUAGCUCAGACAUCUACAUCAUAUGUGCUCACGUUUCUUGAUUGUAUUUCUUGGUAUGGCAGUCUACUGGAUCACCUCCAUCUGCCUUUCAUAUACCAUAUGAUUCUUUCAAACAACAAUUUGAUUCAAGUGGAACAAAUGAUUCUCACAACUUGAGCCCUUCUUGUGUUGUACCUUAGCAAGUUACCGCAAAGGAAUUGGACUAUGAGUUCAUUUGUUUUUUCCUUUCAAGCCCCACACUUGAUCUGUAUAGAUUAAUUGACUUAAAGUGUGAAGAAAUGCUUACAGGGAACCUGAGACUUAAUUGUAUAGCUUUAAGAACAGAUGGGAUCUUGUCUGAAGCUAGAUGGCUUCUUGAUCUUGAUCUUGUCGAGCAACUGGUUAGAGACAUGUAUGUCUUUGUUAACCGUAUUGCUUUUCCUCUUCAUUAUGUAUCAAUCUCCAGGAUAUGCAAACGAUGGCUAACUUCGAAAUUCAUUUCUUGAUCCCCCAGAAUGCUUAUUUUUGUGAAGUGCUUCAGUUUCUUUGUUCGAGUCAAUUCCCUUAUAAAGUCUUGAUGUUAGCUCGGAUGUGUCAACUGGAGAACAAAAUAUUUUCUGUUGGAGAACCUUCUUAUCGUGCUCGUAGAAGUAGAAUCAAAAGGGUGCGAGAAGGCUUUGAGAAUUCCCUCAAGGGAAGGAUUGAACUUAUUGACAGUUAUGCAAGAGUAUGUGUUUCUAUCCGUAAAAACACCAUAACUCAAGACAUGAGAAACCCCUCCUCCACUUGCUCCCCUACUCAAAGGGGUAGUGAAAAGAAAGGACAAAAAUAUAUCCUUUAUGUUUUCUCUUCACCGAAUAUAUGGUGAAAUCUUUC